AUGCAGCGCUUUCGUUCUACACUGGGGAACAGGCUCCUCGCGAGCCGUACGUCGCGCCGGUCACUUUCAGUCGAGGGGAAUUCCUCUCUUGCGCACCUCGACUUUCGGGCCUUUGUGGAUGCUUUGCGACAGGACAAUGACUUGGUCGAUAUCACUGCCGAAGUCGAUCCCAAACUCGAGGUCGCAGCUGCCAUUCGUCUGGCCUAUGAACAGCGCACCAAGGCUCCGUUGUUCCACAAUGUGAAGGGGGCAAAAGACGGCCUCUUUCGCAUUCUGGGUGCACCAGCUGGUUUCUCCAGUGACCCAAAGUUUCCUUACCGACGUCUUGCACAACACCUGGCUCUUACGAAAGAAGCUGGCGUGAUAGAUGUCAUCGACAAGAUGCUAUCGGCAAAGGGAGAAAAGCCGCUUCCUCCAGUUCACGUAUCUACGGGGCCUUGCAAAGAGAACAUCAUCAUGAAUGAUGAUGUCGAUCUCACCAAGCUGCCUGCUCCUCUUCUGAACAAGGCCGACGGAGGGAACUACAUCCAAACAUUGGGUAUUAAUAUCAUACCCCAUCCAACAGAGUCAUGGACAAAUUGGUCAAUCGCACGGGCAAUGGUUUAUGACAAGACACGAAUGGUCGGUCUCAUCAUGAAGCCACAGCACAUUGCUAGGAUCUUCGAAGAAUGGAAGAAGACCGGCAAAGACGUCCCGUAUGCCAUUGCCCUGGGCGCUCCACCUAUCGCUACUAUGGCGGCCAGUAUGCCUCUACCUGCCGGCGUAUCAGAGUCCGAAUACGUAGGCGCACUCUGCGGUUCACCAUUAGGGCUAGUCAAGUGUGAAACCAACGACAUGUACGUUCCAGCAACGAGCGAGAUCGUGUUGGAAGGCACCAUUUCUAUCACAGACACUGCCAAAGAGGGACCAUUUGGAGAGAUGCACGGCUACAGCUUUCUCGAUGAAAACUCCCAACAGCCUUUGUACAAAGUUAAAGCCAUCACCCAUCGAAACAACGCCAUUCUCCCAGUUUGCGUACCUGGACGCGCAAACCUCGGUCCAGAUGAGACGCAUACCAUGAUUGGCACACUUGCCUCGGCAGAAAUCCGACACUUGCUUCAGCAGCAGGGCUUGCCGGUGACUCAGGUAUUUGCUUUGUUCGAGACACAGGUCAUCUGGGCAGCUGUUCAAGUCGACCGCAAGAAGCUAGCGGAAAUGGGGACCAACGCCAAAGACUUCUGCACCAAGAUAGGAGACCUUGUGUUCCGCAAUAAGUGCGGAAUGCAGAUCCACCGUCUGCUAGUAGUAGGAGAGGACAUUAACCCUUUCGACAUGAAUGAUGUCACUUGGGCUUUUGCAACGAGGUGCAGACCAGCGAUGGAUGAGUUCCAUUUUGAGGAUGUCCCUGCUUACCCACUCGUGCCGUACAUGUCGCACGGCCCUGGGACAAAGCUCACGGGGGGAAAGGUUGUGGCUAAUUGUUUGUUGCCAGAGGAGUAUGAAGGGAAGCAAAGCUGGGUGACUUGUGAUUUUGAGAAUGGAUAUCCUGAGAAUGUUAAAAAAAGAGUCUUGAGUAAAUAUUAA